CUCUUCUCUAUCCUCACCUGUCACCACUUCACAUUCAAUAUAUUUUUCAUAUAAUUUAUGCAACGGCAGCUUGCCACCUGCGGAUAGAGCAUGGCCUUCCGUUUCACCUGCAUUGGCCUCCUGGCCCUUUCCCUAUAUAUAGCAGCCGUUGAAGGGAAUUGCUGCUCUGUAAACGAGAGCAGACUAUGGAGCAGAAACGUGCAAGGUUUACUACCGUCCGCAGCUGAAUGGCUAAAGCCAGUUCUAGGCUACAAGUUCUAUUUGCCAGAAAUAAACUUGAAAGGUUCAAUGGGGUACCUUGGGUCUUCUAUCCGGCUUCGACAGUUCACCUCUGACCUCUUAAGCGGGUCUCGCCCCUUAAGAGUUGGAGUCGUGGGCGGCAGCAUCAGCGUCGGAGAAGGGAGCUCAAGGCGUCACGUUACAGACUGGUUCUCGGUUUUUUCUAAUUGGCUGGGAUCAAUUGCAAAGGCCAAUGUGACCUUCGUCAAUGGGGCAGUCGCCGGGACUCCGUCUUCGUACAUGGCUAUGUGCCUCAAUGUCCACCUUCCGCGUGACAUGGACCUGGUCUUUCUCGAGUACGUUUGGAAUGACCUAUACCAAGACAGGCUGAUAAAUAACCAGGUGGUUAUGAACAUGGAGCGCCUCAUACGGCGCAUCCUGAACUUCCCAAGGCGCCCUGCUGUUGUUCUCAUGCAAGUUGCCAUUGUUGGUGACCACAUGGAAACGGCCCCUUUCUAUCGCACGAGUGAGGACCUCGAGGGUGCACUUGCAGCAUUCUAUGACGCGUCCUACCUUUCGAUGCGGAAUGCACUAUACCCUCUGGCGGUUAUGCACCCGACGGCCGGCUACUCCUGGAACGAAACGUUUAUUAAUCACCACCCCGGCGAUGCUGGUCAUAAGAUCAUGGCAGACAUGGCUGCCUACAUGAUCCAGCAGGCGGCUAUCAGCAUCGUGCUUAAUCCCAUUAGUUAUCCUGAGCUCUCAGUGCAUAGCUUGCCACUUGCGGCGCCCAUGUAUCCUGGCAACGAGAUACCACCAGGAGUGGUGUGUUCUUCAGGGAGGUCCUUUACUGAGCAUGUCUUAUCAAACCUUGGGUGGGAGUGGAGGAACGAGGGAACACCAUGGAAGCCGAAAUGGGGCUUCGUAACUUACACGCCCGGUAGCAAGUUGACUUUGCGGGUAAACACUCUCCGCCCAGCUAUCGACCCCACUGCACGCAUCCCAGUUCUGAUUCAUUACCUGUCAUCGUAUGACAAGAUGGGGACUGCACUACUUACGUGCUCAGCGGGCUGUGUCUGUGAUCCAAAGGAAGUUGACGCGACGAGUGAACGACGAGUCUCCCAAGUAUUUUUCGCACAAAUUAAGGCGUCACAGUCAGAAACGUGCGAUGUUACCGUCACCCUUCUCCAGAAGACAAGCAGCGGUGGCUACCAUUUUAAGGUGUCGGGUGUUGUGGUCAGCGCCUCAGACGUCAUCGACAGCAUUUUCUUUGUGGAAGAAAUAUAUGCGAAAAGAAAUGAAAGCAAGGCGCUGUUGAACGAAGGCGCUAGAUAGGUAGCGUCCUACAUGCGAGGACGUCAGCUGUUUGUCACAUACGCAUGGUCAAGACGUGUAUUUUAUUCAUGUAUUGGGUAAGGAUACUGUGGCGGUUUAGAGGGUAGUUACAUGUACUUGUGUUCACCUGUUGGUCUGUGUCGGAUGUCCAUGGCAGUCGUAACAGUAAUCACGUGUACCUGCGGUUACUCGUCGGUUUGUAGCAGAUGUUUUUGUAUAGCGAAUUGCAUGAACGGACGUCCCAUGGGUAGGUUACCGGUUGCCGGUCAGCAGGGCGAGGGAACGGAGGGUCAGCGAGGCUUCCAUUGCUGUCGUUAGCUCGGAGGGGUUGUCAGGGGGGCAUCAUUUGGCGCGUUGAGUAGUGUCUCGUUGAGUUUUAGGGCUUAACAAGCCUCAGCGGGUUAACCGCUGGCCUGUUGGUUGUGGUGAACGGUUUUUUGCUUCACCGCGAGCUUGUGAGUAGGAAGCGGCUAGGUUUCCUUGGUUCUGGACCUUUUACAGCAACAGGUGGCCAGUAGUGCCGGCUGGGGUCGGUUAGGGCAUACCGAACCCUAUAUAAUCUCUUGAUACUGGACUUCGAUUAUCGCACA